UCGACAAUCAACGCGGUCCCGUCGCGCCAUCGCCCAUCAUGUGUACGUGCCAUUCCUAUACCCUCGAUAUUGAGAUCAGAACGCUCGUGUCCGGCGAGAAGACGAACUUCCAGUACAUCUUGCGUCUGCUCAACACCAAUGUUGACGGCAAGCAGAAGAUCAUGUACGCCCUGACUCAGGUCAAGGGUGUCGGUCGCCGCUACUCCAACUUGGUCUGCAAGAAGGCCGAUGUUGACCUCAACAAGCGCGCCGGUGAGCUGACCACCGAAGAGCUUGAGCGUGUCGUCACCAUCCUCCAGAACCCCACGCAGUACAAGAUCCCCACCUGGUUCCUCAACAGACAGCGCGACAUCGCCGACGGCAAGGACUCCCAGGUCCUGUCCAACGGUCUGGACAGCAAGCUCCGUGAGGACCUUGAGCGCUUGAAGAAGAUCCGCUCCCACCGUGGUCUCCGUCACUACUGGGGUCUCCGUGUGCGCGGUCAGCACACCAAGACCACCGGCCGCCGUGGACGCACCGUCGGUGUCAGCAAGAAGAAGGGCUAA